CGGAGCGUCAAUAUUUAAGGCUACAUCCUGUGACUAUCUCCUCUCUCUAAUGUAGGCGACGAAUAUCUUUAAAAUAAUCAAUACUUCCAUUCAUUGGAUUAAACCGACAUCACCUGCAUUUUUUCCCCCUUCAUCAACUCCAGAGAUGUCUGAGUGGAGGACAGCAGAUUUAACUAUGAGCCGACACAUGCUGAAAACUUUGCGAUUUUUUAAGGCAGCGAUCUAAUCUACAAGAGGAGAGAAGACAUCAUCAUCACAAUCAUCACAAUCAUCAUCAUCAUCAUCAUCAUCAUCAACAUCAUCAUCAUCAUCAUCGUCAUCAGUGGACGAGUUUCUGAGAGCGCACUGAACGGAAUAACAGGAUUUGGAGAAAAUGAAAAGGUUCUGCGGAGUCCAUCAACACCAGCUCAUCCUGCUAUUGGCUGCUGCCAUGGCAACGGCCCUGGAUUUGUCACACAACCUGGCCAGUGAGAGGAGUUCAAUAGAAAGCACAUAUGAGCUAACCAAAUACCUGGAGUAUCAGCUGAAAGAAAUCAAAGACGUAUAUCUCACCUACCUAGGCCCUCCAUUCAACGAGAAAGACUUCUCCCCUCCGCGGCCCAACAGCACGGCUCUGUCCCUGCCCAGUGCUGCCACCCGCCUGGAGCUGUGGCAUGGCCUGGAGAACCAAGCCCGGCUCGCCCAGAACCAGAAGGCCUACUCUGUGCUGCUGGCGGCUGUCAGGGAGCUGGCCCGCUCCACCCUCUGCCCCUCCCUCAAGACCUCUCUGCUGCACUUUUGCACAGGCCUGGAUGGACUGCUGGGCUCGAUAUCCGCACUGAUGACCACGCUUGGUUACGCGCUUCCUCCUCCAUCUGCAAACAUGGGAAGUGAUGCUGGUGAGCUGCAGUAUCCUCAGAGGGGGACAGGAGGCGACCAACCAGCUCCACUGAUGAGCCAGAGCCUGUACAGGUCCAGAGCUGGGACGAGGACAGACUCGGGUCAGCGUAACAACCAGAAACGAACCGGGGUGAAGGUGGUCAGAGGAGAGCGGGAGGAAGGCGUCAGCGUUGACCUGAUGGAAAAAAGAAGAGGGAAAGAGGGGAGGAGAGCAGAGGCGACCGCAGGUGGAGGGAGGAGUGGCGGAUCGAGGGAGAAGGGACGAGGAGAAAGAGGGAGGAGAGGAAAGAGGGAUGAGCCUGAGAGUGGGAAAUGGGCUGCCAACGAAGAAGGGCAGGAGGAAGAGGAGGAGGUGGAGCAAGAGGGAGGGGUAGAGAGGUGGGGGAGGAGAAGGUUGUUGAGUAUCAACGAGGAUGGAGAGGAGAAGGAGGGGCAGCCUGAACCCGGGGUUGAAGUGUCUUACCCGGGCACAGAAAGCUCCAGCCCCCUCCGACAACCAACCAUCCAAAACAACAAUGACGACGACAACAAUCAGUACAGCUACAACCUGAACGCACAUCACCCAGACACACUCAGAAGAGAAGAUGGAUUUAUUGUAGAGAAAAGCAUUGGGUUGAUGGUGGAGGAGGAGAAGCAAUCACAUAUGGAAGCUACUUCCUCUUCCUCCGCUUUCUAUCAUCACCGUCGGCCUCCUCGCUCGCUCUUCUCCCCCACCCUCCAACCUUCUCUGUCCACCCUCUCCCUCCUCUACCAGUUCGGAGCAGGUGAGAAGCACACUCUUCUCCCCCAGCCCAUCCCUCUGUCUUUACGAGGGGGCACCUCCCUCAUUUCGCCUCCACUGACUCCGCUGCUCUCCUCCACCUCCUCCUCUGCCUCCUCUUCACUCCUGCCAGUGCAGCCGACGAUGAACGACUUCGCCAGGAAGGUGGAGGGGUUUUGGAUAUUGCGUGAGCUGCAGAGUUGGCUGUGGCGAUCAGCGAAGGACUUCAACCGUCUCAAGAGGAGACUCCGAGGUUGAGACACUGAGACGGGACUGGACACUUAGACACACACACACACACACAUACAAACACACGCAAACACACACAAACGUGCAGUAUAUCAGAAGUCUAUUUGCACAAAGUCUGAGUGGAAACAAAGUGAGAGCUUUAACAGACAGAAGCACAUAAACACAUUCGAGCUUAACACAUUCAUUCAUACCGUACUGGAAUAAGUGAAUGAAGGACUAUUUGGCAGGUCACCAGAAGUGCUAAUGGAAUAUAACACACACAAAGCCAACACAUUACCAGCACUGUCACCCGCCUAAUGCACAUAGCAGCUCAUUGAGCGAGACACACUGAGACUGGGCUGAGUUACCGGACUACACGGCUCAUGGAUCAACAGAAAUGCCACUGUAGGUGGUUAGACACACACACACACACACACACACACACACACACAGACACACACAGAGGAGGAUAGACUGAGUGACAGACAGCAAGACACAGUGCAGCUAUUGAGUGAAAACUGAUUCAGUGACCCCAGAUGUGUGAAUCAGCAAACAUUCAUUUUCUCUAAAGGAAGAAGGGAAACUUUCUGAAUGGGAAAAAGACAAAAGGAGAGGAGGAAAUGGCCAGAGGGAUGAAGAGGGCACAGAUGAGGAGAGGAAGAGGCAGAAAAGGAGAGGAAGACGGGAGGAGGCGUGAGUCAGGGGGAUGAGCACCAGAAAUAACGGGCAGGGUGGUAUUGCUGAGUAAUCAGAAGUUGACCGGUCAGUUACAGUAACUCUACAACAGCGCUACACAUACUGUCCAGACACACACAAUCUCUCACACACACACACACACACACACACACACACACACACACACACAC